AUGGUGAUUGAGACAAGCACAUACUGGUACAAAACUGGGUUGUGCAGAAGACAAAUCGAAAGACAUCUGUGCCAUAAUUCCUGGCAUAUUUCGAACAAACCUGUACGUGAAAUUUUACCUAUCUGUUAUCUUUAUUUUUUUGGACCCUUCCUCGCGUCACGUCAUUUGAUAAACUAGUCUCGAGUUCGGUGCAUAUUUUUUCAUGUUCGUUAAUCGUAAUAUCACAUGUAGCUCGUAUGUAAACACGCGUACUGAGACUUAAUGUAUGUACUUUUACUCGUCCAUGUUUUUUAAAAACAAAAAUUCGGUAUUUUUACGUGAAAUCGUAUUAGCUGUAUAAUUUCAUUGUUUCGUGUUCAUUUUAAGAACUUCACAUUUUGAGUUGUUGCCGUCGCAAAGAGUCGAAUUAUUGAUGAAAAUGGACCGAAAUCCGACCGACCUACGUUCACUAGCCGCGGAAUCUUCAUGUAUACAAUUAGUGUACGAAUGGGCGAGCUGUGAAAUGCCAGCAGUCGAUACUUGGAAGAAUGAAGAAGGCUACGGUACUUGCUCGAGUCACGAUUGGUUAAUUUGGCAAUUGAACGAAAUGCAGUUACCCGGCAGCCCAGUGAUACCGGAACUGGUUCGAAAUCAAAUCGAGGACGAAUUUACGUGGAUUUUGAAGCAGGUUACCAAGUGGAUCUGUUAUCACCAUAAGAAAAAUUUCUUCCACGAUGAGCCGGCAUCUUCGUUGAAAAAAUACCUGCUGAAAUUGAUUUGGAAACCAGAUCGAUCGGGUCUAUCGAUCGAUUACACGGCUACUGCGAAGAACGUGUUGGCUGGCUCGAAUUUCAACGCCAUGGAAAAGUACAGAUUCGCUUGCACGUAUUGUUUGCAGGAAGACGUAAGGAAUUUGAAAGAUAUGGCGAAGAUAGCGAUGGAUUGGUGUUUCAAAAAAGAGCCAUUGCUGGUUUAUUGGAGUAAAUACCUGACCAAUCGGUUGCAUACGAUAACUUUACAGAAGUACGUUCCGAUCGAGGUGGUCAUGUUUAGAGUAGCUGUGGAAAAAUACGAUCUUCAGGCACCCGUUGUGUAUUUUUUUACAAAAUUGAACGCUAGUCUUAGAAUACGGCAGUGUUGCCACGCUAUCACGAACUGGAGGAGCAGCGGAAUAAAAUAUCUGAAAGAACUACUGCCUCUAAUGAACGAGCGUGAAAGAGGUCUUUUGUACCAAGACAACAUGAUGAAAAUCAUCGAGAUUUUCUUGGCGCAGCGUAACUUCGAAGGUAUCAGUCAGAUGUACUCCGAAUUGAAAGUAAAGUUGACUUCGACGAAUUACGCGCUAAUUAUCGAAAAAUUGGUGAAAAGGUCGAUAGACUCUUAUCACAAUUUCAAUUCACUGACACCGUUAUUGAUGACAAUUUGGAACGAUGCUAUCAGGAAGAGCGAAUUUCUCAAAAAUGUGAAAGAUUUGCAAUGGCGUAUCGCCGGGGUGCUUGAACAUUGCAGUAACUUCUGUGACUUGAGAGACGAAUUUCAUCGGCCUUUGGAAUUUAUUCGUGCUUUAGCUACUGUGUACAAUCCGCGAAAUUUCCUCAAGUCGAAUUUUUACUGGCUGGUAGUCUGGCAACCGUUGGCUUCGAUAGUCGAACUGAUUGACGAAUUUCACCUAGAUGCCGAAGAUGUCGAGGAAUUAAAAGGUCAUACGCGACAUCCGUAUAGAAUGUGGAUCUCUUGUCUAAAAUAUUUGAAGAAAGGAAAGUUGGACGAAUUCAGCGCUUUCGUAUCGUUUUGUUACCAGGGCCAUGACGCCAUUUUAAGCGCGUAUCAGAAGGACUUAUUGAUGGAUGAAGAUGGCUUGAGAGCUCUCGUCGAAGCGUUAAAUCACAUCGAUUGGAAAAUAGUCAACGAAUUCGUCAACAACGUGUUUCGUGGUACGGACGGAUUCGUCUCUGUGUACACCACCAGACUGUUGUUCCACGUUUUUGGGACAGGAUACGAGUUCUGUUUGAGGGGAAUGAUGAAACAGGGCGAAGCGAACAGCGUCAUGGAAUGCAUUCAGACUUUUGUGCCAGACAACGUUAAUUUAUCGCGGGCAAAGCAGGCCUUUGUAGACUUAUUUUCGGAAUACCUCCGUGAUGAUUGCUCUUUCGUUUUCAAACAGGCUGCGUUCAACGACGUGUUGAUUUGGUGUUAUGGAAGCGAGGCAGGCGCUGCACGAUUUAAAGAGACGAUUAACGUUUCGAAAGUAUUCGUUGCUCAGUUGGAGGGCUGCGUAAUGAUGGGCAGACCAACCUUCAAAAUCAGCGAUUCGAUGGAGGAAUUUUUGCAUUGGUAUUAUCCCAUCGAAUGUGAAAGGAGAGCAUUUAAAUUAGAAAUGAUUCACUCGUACGGCGAAUUCCCAACUAUUGCGAAGUUUUUAAAGAAGAGAAGAUACCGUCGACGUUUGUUGGAUUGGUUUUUCGAAAAAGACGCCGAUAAAAUAACGGAAUUUAUGGCUAAAACAUUCCAUUAAGUUUGUUAAAAUAUUGUUCGAUGGAUGAGUUUUCGAAGUUUUUUGUGAUGGUUAUGUCGAGUUCAAUAAAACUUUAA